AUGCUGAUAUUCAUGCUUAACCGCACGGGGAUCCGAAACUUUUGCUCACUGCUCGGUUCCCUUUUUCCUAAGGUGCUAUGCAAUGGUAUCCUCGCUUGGUCAUAUUAUGAGCUACUAUUGAUCACAAAGGAGUUUGAUCUGAACCAUUUGGCACGCGCCAUAGACUUUAUUGGUCUUGUGCUUGUGUCUUUGUGCAUUUGGACCUAUUUUUUAAUCAUUCGAGUGGGCGCUGGAUCGCCACUUGAUUUCCCUGAGCUCCUCAUACCAUACGAAGCUCUGGAAAACCCCCUUGUGAACGCCGACGACACAGAUGAUGAGUUGCCAAAUCGAAGAAACAACAUGGCCAACUUGGAUCCUCCCGUUGAGUAUGUGGACAUGAAAACCUCACGACCGGGGAGUUAUCGCUUUUGCAACAAGUGCCACGCUUGGAAGCCCGACAGAACCCAUCACUGUCUGCAGCUGGGAAAAUGUAUCCUCAAGAUGGAUCAUUACUGCCCAUGGUUUUCCAGUUGUGUUGGUUAUCGCAAUCACAAGUUCUUCGUGCAAGAGCUAAUGUACAUUUCGGUUUACGCAUGGUUUGUAUUUUGGGUAUGCUUUGCCGUGUUGUAUAAAGUAUUCCUGAGUGAAAAUAUUGAAGCUGAACACUUAACGAUUGGUUUGCUCGUGUUGACGAUCGUAGCGCUUGUGUUUGGCAUUUGCGUAACCGUCUUCUGGGGAUUUUCUGUUUACUUAGUCCUCAUCAAUCAGACCACGAUCGAAUUUCAAGACAAACGAACGGGGUAUACAGAUGGAGAAUUCCGCUACGAAUUUGAUUCACAAGGAAAGAAAAAACUGGUCGGUAACAUAUGGGAUUUGGGUAAGCGCAGAAAUUGGGAACAGGUGAUGGGGAAGUACCUCUACCAAUGGUUGUUACCGGUAUCGAUUACGUCGACGCUGAUCCGUGAUACUCAUAAGAAUGGGCUCAACUUUGAGGUAAACGAGGACGUAUACGCUAAAUGGCAAAGCAAUGUGGCCAUGCAAGAACAAUUGAACCAGCAGUUGAUGGAUUAUCGGGACCGGCGGAUUUCGGCUCGCGAGGCGUAA